AUGGCGAAAGAGGAGCGACGCGAGCGCGAGGCGAGAGAGUGGGAGGACGCGGGGUGGAAACCGAAGCGGAGGCCGUUCCUCCCCGAGCUCGUGUGGCCGCUGUGGACGUCCUUCGGGGCGACGAUCUUGACCGGGUCGUUCUUCAAGCUCUGCAACGACAUCAUCCAGUUCAUCCCUCCGCUCGUGUUGGGCGGGUUCCUUCGAUACAUCGCGGGGAAAGACCACUUCCUGGAGGUGCUCGACGCGAGCGACGACACGUACGGGGUCGUGUACUGCGCCAUGUUAUUCUUCAUCCCCGUCGUGAGGACGCUGUGCGAGCAGACGUACUUUUACUUCAUGCAAGCGUCCGGGAUAUGCAUCAAAGGCGCGCUCGCGACGGCGGUGUAUCGCAAGACGACGCGGCUCUCCGCCGCGGGAAGAGAAGGGAGCACGACGGGCGAGGUCUUAAAUCACAUGCAGCUCGACGCGCAGCGGGUAGGGGACACGAUGUUUUUCAUCAACGUCCUGUGGAGCGGCAUCUUGCAAAUCGCCGGGUACAUGACGAUCCUGUAUUUCUACCUCGGCUGGGCCGCGAUCGGCGGGUUCGGCGUGAUGGUCGUCCUCGUCCCGUUGCAAAAGACGUUUUUCCGAUGGAUCAGCAAACUUCGGAGCCAGCAGAUGGUGCAGACGGACCGCAGGGUGAAGAUGCAGAACGAAGCGCUGAGCGGGAUUAAGAUAUUGAAGCUCAACGCGUGGGAGGAGCCGCUGCGCGAGGAAGUCGAGGCGGUGCGGGCGGAGGAGAUGCUCAUCGCCGGGCGAGUCGCGAAUCGAAACGCGAUGAACAUGGCGAUCAUGAACGCGGGACCGACGCUCGACGCCGUCGCCGCGUUCUCGCUGUACAGCGGGGUGAUGAAAAGACCAAUGACGCCGUCGGUGAUAUUCCCGUCCCUGUCGCUGUUCUCGCUGCUGCGGUUCCCGGUGAUGUUUUACCCGCGGUGCUUAUCCCUGUGCGCGGACGCGUUCGUCGCGCUUCGACGGUUGCAGAAAUAUUUCCUCAUGGAGGAAUCGCGGGCGACGACGGUGACGCUUCCAGAAGUCGCGAGCGUCCGAGGCGGAUACUUCCACUGGACCGCGCUGAAGAGCCCGACGGAGGAGCCGUUCUUGAAGGACAUCAACUUAUCGUUGAAGAAAGGGCAGCUCACCGUCGUCGUCGGCCCCGUCGGCGCGGGAAAGUCCGCGCUGAUCGGCGCGUUGCUCGGCGAGAUGUACCAGUGCGCCGGUCCCGCCGGGUUCCCCGCGUCGGACGGCGCCCCGGACGUUCGCGGCACAGUCGCGUACGUCGCGCAGGUCGCGUGGGUUCAGUCUCUGUCGUUGAAAGAGAACGUUUUAUUCGGGAAACGUAUGGACGAGGAGCGUUACAGAAACGCCCUCGACGUCGCGUGCUUGGACGCGGACGUCCGGCAGCUCCCUCACGGCGACGAGACGGAAAUCGGCGAGAAAGGCAUCACGCUCUCGGGCGGUCAAAAACAACGCACCGCGAUCGCGCGCGCGGCAUACGCGGACGCGGAUCUCAUCGUCAUGGACGACCCUCUGUCCGCGCUCGACGCGCACGUCGCGAAGGACGUCUUCCAGAAGUGCAUCGUCGGCGCGUUCAAGGACAAAGCCGUGCUCCUCGUCACGCACUCUUUAGGGUUCGUGUCGCAGGCGGAUCACGUGAUCUGCAUGUCGAACGGGAAGAUCGCGGAGGAAGGGACGUACGACGAGCUCGUGAGCAAGGAGAAGGGCGCGUUCAAGGCGCUGAUGGAGUCGUUCCACGGAGAGGAAGAGGAAGAGGAGGGCGUGGAGGUUGGGGACGUCCGCGUGGAGGAGGUACCGUCGACGCCGGUCCCGGCGGCGGCGGAGGAAGAGGAGGAGGAGGACGCGAGUUCGGAGGGUCGAAUCGGGGACCUGACCGAGUCCGCGGCCGCGGAAGCGGGCGGCGACCCGUCCGUCGCGGCGAAGCGGAAGAGCUUCGAGAAGACCCCGCUCCUCGCGGCCGCCGCGGGCGGGGUCCUCCUGUCCUCGUCCGGCGACGCGAAAGGCGCCGGGGCUGGUGGGAACACGAUGACGAAGGAAGUUCGACAGGAAGGCGCGGUGAAGUUCAAGACGUACUGGACGUACAUCACAAACAUGGGAACGCCGUCGAAGAUCGUGUGGUUGCUCACGAUGGUCACCGUAGAGAGAGCGAUGAGCGUGAUGACGUCCGUGUGGCUCGCGUUGUGGUCCGAGCGGCACUGGGAGGACAUGAGCAACGACGAGUACCUCGCCGGGUACGCCGGCUUGGGCAUCGGUCAGGCGAUCGUGUCGUGGUUCCGAACGUUCGCGUGGGCGCUCGCCUCGCUCGCGGCCGCGAACACGCUGCAUCUCGCGCUGUUCAAAGCGACGAUGUCGACGCGGAUGUCGUUCUUCGACACGACGCCGCUGGGAAGGGUCAUCCAGCGGUUCACGAAGGACACGGCGACGUUGGAUAACAACCUCGGGCAGUCCGUCAGCAGCUUCGCGUCUUUCUUCAUCCUUCUCAUCGGCACGCUCACGGUGAUGGCGUGGGUGAUGCCCAUUCUCGUCCCGUGCCUCGUCCCGAUCGCUAUCAUGUACUACUACGUCCAGCGGUUCUUCAGGCCGGGGUACAGGGAAGCGAAGAGGCUCGACGGCAUCUCCGGGUCGCCGAUUUACGCGCACUUCGGCGAGACGCUCACGGGGAUAUCCACGAUCCGCGCGUUCGGGCACCAGCGCCGCUUCAUCGCGGAGAACGAGAUGCGAAUCAGCGUGAACCAGCGCGCCGACUACACGCAAAAAUGCGCGUGCGAUCGAUGGCUCCCGAUCCGUUUAGAGACGAUCGGGAACUCGAUCACGCUCGUCGUCGCCAUACUCGGGGUUUGGAACCGAGGCACGACGUACGCCGCGCUCGUCGGGUUGACCAUCUCGUACGCGAUCGACAUGACGGGUUUACUGUCCUGGUUGAUUCGCGUCGUGAGCGAGCUCGAGAGUAACAUGGUGAGCGUCGAGAGAGUGUCCGAGUACGCGGAGUUGGAGAGCGAGGAAGCGACCGGGGCGGUGAUGAAAACCGGCGGCGGCAGCGUGAAAAAGCCGACGCACGGGUGGCCAGACUCGGGGGCGAUCACGUUCGAGAAUUUGCAGCUCCGAUACAGGCCGGGUUUGCCGCUCGUUUUGAACGGUGUGUCGUUCAACGUUCAGGCUGGCGAGAAGGUUGGGAUCUGCGGAAGAACCGGCUCCGGGAAGAGCUCGCUGAUCGUCGCGCUGUGGCGGUUAGUCGAGCCAUGCGGCGGCGCGAUUUGGCUCGACGGCGUCGACGUCUCCACGAUUCCGCUGAAGACGUUGCGAAGCGCGGUGACGUGUAUUCCCCAAGAUCCGAUCCUUUUCAGCGGCACGGUCAGGGAUAACCUCGAUCCGUUCAAAAACCACGCGGACGCGGAGCUGUGGUUCGCGCUCGAGGCCGUGCAGCUGAAGAAGGCGGUGAGCGAGACGGGCGAAGGCCUCGACGCGCCCGUCGCGGAGUACGGGGAAAAUUACAGCGCCGGGCAGCGGCAGAUGCUGUGCCUCGCGCGCGCGUUACUUCGCGACACGAAAGUCGUCUGCCUCGACGAAGCGACCGCGAGCGUAGACCUGGAGACGGACAAGGUCAUGCAGGACGUCAUCGCGGAGCAGUUCAAGGCGCGGACGAUCCUCACGAUCGCGCACAGGAUCAACACCAUCAUCGAGAACGACAAAGUCGUGUGUCUCGAACGCGGCGAGCUCGUCGCGAUGGACGCGCCGGCGACGAUGUUACUGGACGAGAACAGCAUGUUCGCGAAGCUCGUCGCCGAGACGGGGGAGCAGAGCGCGAGGAAUUUGAGAGCGCGCGCGGAGGAGUGCGAAGCCGCGCGCGCGGCGGGGCGGCCGAUUCGGAGGAUAGGAAGCAAGCUGAGCGUCGCGUCGAACGAUUCGAGAUGA